ACCGCGCGCUUGCCGCCUCGAUUUUGGAAAUCAUGAGCCCGGAGGUGGCAGCACUGUGCAUCCUGCUCACGACUUGUUCCGGUCUCUCUGUGACUGUGGAUGAGAAAGUCCAAGAUAUCAUCGAAAUCGAGCGAAACGACACUGAAGAAUACGACUACACCCAGGACGAUGAUUACGGCGGAGUCCUGGGGGAGGAGAUGGUCGGGCCUUGUGCAGACUUCAAACUCGGCGAGGACGACCUGAUGGCCUACGACUUCAUCCGCAAGUUCCAUCUGGACACCCCGGUCCUGCAGAUGCCUGGAGUGACCAGAGUACGAGGAUCCAACAGAGUCCAAGUGGCUUACAGAUUAGAUAGGGACUCUGAUCUCGUACUACCUACGAGAGAAAUCUUCCCGUUUGGCCUCCCACGGCAGUUUUCCUUCAUAUGCACCUUCAGGGCUCGCAAGGUGGCCAAGAGCUCCUGGCACAUCCUGCGAGUCACCGACCUCCUACAGCGACCGCAGUUCCUGGUCACCCUCAACCCUCGAAGGGAGGCGGUGGAAUUCUCCAUCGUAGACUUCAAUGGAGACUUGCAGACCUUGGUGUUCACCAAGACUCAGAUCUUUGACAAGAACUGGCACAAGAUCCACUUCGGCGUGUUCGCAGACAGAGUUGUUCUCUAUAUAGACUGUGGUCUGCUUAGCACUGAGACGUUGUUACCUAGAGGGCCUAUCGACGUCAACGGCAACAUCAGCGUGGCCAAACAGGCCAACUCUAGGCAUACGGUGCCGGUGGAUCUUCAAUGGAUGCUGCUCAGUUGUGACCCAACGCGGCCCACCCGAGAAACUUGCGAUGAGCUUCCGCAAUUCCAAGUUCGACCAUCGACAACUAUUGUUACCGGCACCGCUCGUCCUUGCGAUACGGUGUGCCCAGCGGGACCUCCUGGGCUUAAUGGUACAGAGGGCAAGAGAGGUCCCCAAGGACCAAGAGGAGAGAUGGGACUACCAGGAUUUCCCGGAAGAGAUGGAUCACCAGGAAUCAGAGGGACUACUGGAGUUCUGGGUUAUCCUGGUCCGUCUGGACCUCCGGGACCUCCUGGAAUAUCUGGAAUACCGGGAUUGCCUGGACCCAAAGGUAACAUUGGUGAGCCGGGAUAUCCGGGAUUGAAGGGAGAUAGAGGAGAGCCUGGAUUGUCAGGAGCUCUUUUGGGUGGAGGAGCAGCACUUUCUGGACCACCGGGAUCUCCUGGACUUCCGGGUGCUAAAGGGGAACCUGGACCAACAGGGAUUCCGGGACUUCGGGGAGAAAAAGGGGAAAGAGGAGAAGAAGGACCACAGGGGCCGCCUGGUUUGCCAGGGGCAGUUUCAAGUAUAGAGGGCAACUUUACUGGAUUCCCAGGACAAAUGGGACUACCCGGACCCAGGGGUGCUCAAGGAGAUCCAGGAGAAAUAGGGGAACCUGGACUUCCUGGUGUAAAAGGAGAAAGAGGAGAAACAGGACCUCGAGGGGAACCUGGGGAAAGAGGCAUUCCUGGUGAAAGAGGUUUGGAUGGUACUCCAGGAGAGAAGGGAGAGAUGGGAUAUCCCGGACCUUCAGGUCCUGUAGGACCCACAGGGGCAACAGGACUUGCGGGUCCUUCAGGGCCUCCAGGAGUUCCUGGAUCUCAAGGCGAACCUGGACCACCAGGAAUAGAUGGAACUCCUGGAAUUCCCGGAUCGGCUGCUGCAGCGGGAGAUCCUGGACCACCUGGAGUAGCAGGGCCUCCUGGGAAACAAGGACUUGAGGGGCCUCCUGGAUUGAGAGGGGAGAGAGGGGAGCCGGGAACACCAGGAAUACCAGGAAGUGACGGACUGCCUGGGCUUGUAGGAGAGAUGGGCCCAGCAGGCGAAAGAGGUGAUCCUGGACUUCGAGGACCUGUGGGACCCAUGGGUCCCCAAGGACUACCUGGACCUGAAGGACCUCAUGGCCCUGAAGGAGGGAAAGGAGAGACAGGACUUACAGGAGACCAGGGACCUGUAGGACCUAGAGGACUGCCUGGGGUAAUGGGAUCCCCUGGACUGCCUGGUGCUCCAGGGUCUGUUGGUGCUCCGGGUGCGGAAGGCAGACCCGGACCACCCGGACCCCAGGGCCUCCCAGGCCCCCCUGGUGACUCUACUGGUGUCUCCUACACUAGCGAGGGAGGCACAGGAACCCCUGGUGUGAUGGGUGCUAGAGGUUCACCAGGACCACCGGGCAUGCCCGGAGAGAGGGGGGCAGCAGGAGAAAGAGGUCCUGAAGGAGCUCCGGGACUUCCUGGAGUACCAGGUAAAGAAGGGCCCCCAGGCAUACCCGGACCCCCAGGACAAAGGGGCCAGCCAGGCCUGAAUGGACUACAAGGUGCUCCGGGGAGAAGUUACACGGAGGCAGAAAUCAGAGAUAUUUGCGCAACAGUGCUUAGAGAGAGAAUAUCUGAGCUAACAGACGGAUUGGUAGGGCCACCCGGACCCCCGGGGCUAGGAAGUCCGGGAAAACCAGGACCUAAAGGGAUUCAAGGGAUUCCAGGAGAUGCUGGACAACCCGGAUUGCCAGGAGAGAGGGGAUUCCCCGGAAUGCCGGGACCUCCAGGACCUACGGGCCCAGAAGGAAGCCGAGGGGAGAAAGGAGACAAGGGGGAGAGAGGACCGGAGGGGGUCGGAUUGGAAGGUCCUGCCGGUCCUAGAGGACCUCCUGGACCUUCAGGACCCCAAGGAAUAGGACUUCCCGGAAGACCGGGAGAUAGGGGAGAACCUGGAAGAACUGGGGUUCCCGGAACAAGAGGUCCUCCAGGAUCUCAGGGACCACCGGGGUUUUGUGAAUUCUGUAACUAUCCUGGGGGAAACUACGCCCAGUCAAUAGCUUCUCGGCCUGGCAGCACCCAGAAAGGACCAUAGACAAACAACCUGCCUCCAUAUGUGAUAGUUUACAGAAAUGCCUUACGUCGUGAUGUUACAAGAUAAUACUCCUGAUGAGUAAAAUUUACUUUGGUAUUCCAAAAACCAAUAAAUAAUCUAGGUUUACAAUAUUUACAGUUCUCAGCAUACUGUAUAAAGUCCUAAGUACCCAUGAACUUUUGAGAAAACUACAAGUCACACCCCCAUAAACCAUAUACUUAAAAUGUUCGUCAUGACGAGAAACCUUGCGCAAAACUAUUUCAUAAAUUGCCCUUUAAGGUCGUAAUUGCUUUAUAAAGGGAACUUUCCAAAAAUACCAAAUAUAGUUUUAUUAAUACUUAUGAAGUCAAACGGGGUGAAGCCAGUGGGUAACAGCUAGUUUUAGUGAAGUAAUGGUGUUAGAUAAAUUUGUGCACUCUAAAAGAAUGGUGGGAGACCCUCUUUUGAAAACACCCAUAUAUAGAAAAUCUAUAUUUACAUUCAUUAUUUAAAUUGAAUGAAAUACUUUUAUCAAUAUUAAUAUCAUACUAAUCAUCCGAUAAUAUAUCGUAAGCUCUCUAAAGCAACAUUCCAAUCCAAAUGAUUACAUCACAUUGCUUCCAUAAAUUUAAACCAACUGUUCUCUCAUAAAGUUAAUAGAAUAACAUUGGAACUUAAUUGGCCAUUGGGGCAGAGCUCUGAUGGAAUUUCUUGAAAACGCUUCUUAUUAUUCUGAUCUAGAUCUUGAGUGAAACCUCCAUGAAAAUUCCUGAGUUCUUAUGGUUUGUAGUUUUUGAGAUAUCGUGAGUGUUCAAAGAGUCAAUGAGUGAGCCAGUGGGUGCAGUGGUAUUUGUCUUUUAUACAUAUAUAGAGAUAUAUUUUGAAUAUGAUUGAAUACAACUUUUGACUAUUGAACUUUAGAACUAGAUACCAUCCCCAUGUUAAAUUUGUCACCAGACUUUUAGUCAAAAUUGUUAUAGUUGAUGUGAGCCACCAAUAGAUUGGGUUGAAAUUACUAUUUUCUGACGAAUGCACAUCUUUUUUUUUAAAGUUAUGACCCAUGUUUUGACCCAUCAUGUUAUGACCCAUCAACUUGGUCAGCUACAAAAAAUAGGUAGAAAAUAAAAUUUUUAGACACUACCACAUUCUGUGACUGGCUUAAACAAUUACGAUCUUUUAGCAAAAUUCCCUAAUUUUAAGAAAUUUAGCUCGAAGAUGUAACUGGGAUAAACUUGAAUGAGGUCGCGAACCAGUAUGAUUGAACCAUGAAAACGAGGUUUUAUGGUGUAAAAAUUAUUUUUUCUCAUUUCUGACUCUAAAAACAAGAAAUUUCCCAAUUUCUCAUUAAACCUUUUCAAAGAGCUUAAGAAGCAUUUAAUGUAGUAUAAUGAAGUGUUUUUUUACGGUUAUUGGUUGUGGAGAAAAUUCAAUAAAUUGUUAAUAAUUUACAAUUCUUAUGGAGAAUAAGUAAACUGUUGUAGUUUACUUGUUUAUGGAUAUAUUUCAAUCACAAUUGGCAAGUUUAUUUAUUUUAUUCUAAAGCUACUCAUAUUUUGAAAAAAAAAACACAACUUAACCUUCCUGUAGCAGCAAACCUAGGUACCGGUACUUGUUACUAAUGUUAUAGGUAAAUGGAAAUUCGCUUAGUCUAUAGGUUUGUUGCAGCGAGGCAUUUUAAUAAAAUUUGGCAACAGCUGGUCCAUUUAGAUGGGUCCAGAAAAUUAACAUUUUAGCUAGGAAUUUCUCAUCAGUACAUUUUAUCCAAGUAUGUGGUUGGUAAGGUUUUCUAAAAAGUUUUUGUUUCUUAUAAACGUUACAGUUGGUCAGCCUAUAUAGCAGGGUAGUGCAGGCCUUCAGACCAUGAGAGCUUUGGUAUACAUUUUAUAGGCUAGGAAAGGUCAAAUGUAUUUUUUUUUACUGGCAUUCUGAAAGAAAAAGAUUAUUUAAAUUUCACUGCCUUAAAAAUGUAUUUAAUUUAGAAACUAAGAGAAGUAAAUAGUAUUUUGAAGAGGUAAAAUUUUGAAGAAUUCUAUAGGAUUUGUAAACUCAAAGUUUUCAUACCAUGUAUAAGAGGUGCUGUCAAAAUUUUUCAUAGCGUAACAUUAAAAGUCUUUUA